AUGCGUGAUUCUUCAUCAGCGAGUCAUUGGAAGUACGUCGACGACAUGUCCAUUGCCGCCUCGCACGAUGCACGCUACAAGCCACGUGAUAUCUCCCGUUCACUAUCCACUCUAGAAGAUUGGUGCCAGAACAAUUACGUUAUAAAACUCAACACCAAGAAGUGUUCAAUCAUGCGAUUGUCCUUCAGUAAAGUCCAACUACCCCCACUAGGAGUACUUAUUGAUAAUGUCCCCCUGAACGAGGUUAGCAGUGUGAAAAUCAUUGGAGUAACCAUUGAAGACACCUUGAAGUGGAAUGUACAGGUUUCGGAUACGGUUUCUCGUGCUAACCGUCGCAUUUUCAUGUUAAGAUCCCUGAAAGCCUUCUAUCCCCCCACCAAUGACCUUGUUACAGUUUACAUAGGAUUUGUAAGACCACUCCUCGAAUAUGCCUGCCCUGCCUGGAACGUAGCAUUGACUAUCGCCCAGUCCAACAAGAUCGAAAAUGUUCAAAAACUAGGUAGAUAUUACAUAUCCUAUUCAAAUGCCCUAUCAAUGACCAAGCUUCAAACUCUCCAUGCUCGCCGAGAAGAGCUAUGUCUCAAGUUUGCCCUGAAAACACUAAAAUCCGACCAAUCAGACUGGUUUAAACUAAACGCCAGCACAAGAAACACUGCAUUGUUGCCCACGAUGUCGUCACCAUUUCCCAGAGGGCUACAUUUCUGUCCAGUGAGAAGGACAUCUUACACCAUGGGUGGAUUCUGCCUUCUCUACCUGUUCCUGAUCCUCUUGAUGAGAUCUGGUGACGUUGAAACUAAUCCAGGUCCUAACACUGCAGAAAGUACUGUCAGUGAAAUGGAGUUCCUGAAGCUGGCCCAGGAUAUCCCUCCAUCUUACUACAAUGCCGUAGGGAUAUCUCUAGGGAUACCCCAUGCUCAACUACAGGCAAUCCUGAUUGAGAAUUUGAAGAACUACACCAAUGCGUUACUGGAUGUGUUUAUGAAAUGGAAUGUCAUGCAGCAACCUCCACACUCAAACAAACGACAGCUUUUGGCAGACAAACUUCGAAAGAUCAACUUGGGUGGCCUAUCAGACGAAUUACUCAAUGAACCUCCAAUUCCAAACAGCACAGGAGGGCCAUCAAGACUGCUCGAAUCACAGACCAAACCUCUUUCAGCUGAAUCUCAGACCAAACCACUUUCUCCUGAACUGGUUGAGCGGUGUGCAAAUGAUUUCAAGUUCAAGUACAGGUCAACUCUCUGUAAGAUCAGAGCUGAUCCUCUCAAUCCUGCUUCCACUGUGCAGUUUGAUGACAUGUAUACUAAUCUCUUCUUACAAGAAGAACAUGGGACAGAGAAGCGAAUGCUAGAUUACAAUGAUAUCCUUGAUCUCAAAGUCAAUGGAGAGUUCCCCAAGCGGAUCAUGGUUCAGGGAGAGGCAGGGGCUGGAAAGAGUACAUUUUGUGCUAAGAUUGCUUGGGACUGGAAUGAAGGGAGGCAUUUCAGUCACUUCGUGUGGGUCUUGAUUGUUCCUCUACGUGAAUUUAAGCAACACACUAUUGGCGAAAUCGCAAAGUCUUAUCUGGCCAAGAACAAUCCAGCAACCGUUUCUCAGAUUACUGAGUAUAUCCGGUCAAAUCCUGACAAGGUAUUCAUCGCAUUUGAUGGGCUAGACGAAGUUAGUGGCAAAAUCAUGAAGACAAAAUCUUGCGAAUCACAGCCUACUGAUCAAAUGCAACUUCAGCCAUCACAGCCAAGUGUCACCUCCUCAGAGGCAUGUGGAAGCUCAUCUGAGACUGGUGAUAUUGGACUUGUAGAUAUUCUUUGUUCAGAUCAACUUGCCUCUUGCCCAGUCUUGGUGACCACUCGCCCAUGGAGAGCAGUAGAGAUUAGAUCGGAUGGCGAUCUAAUGAAGCUCUACACCUUCAUUCAUGUUGAGGGUUUUAGAAGAAAGGAUUUGUCAGUUUACAUUCACAAAUACUUUCCGAAGAAUGAUGAUAAAGCAAAUCAGCUUAUCGAGUUCACCAGUGAGAAUGAUGUCAUAUCUGAAAACAUGGCCCCCUAUCCUAUAUAUGUAGCCAUGUUGUGUCUUAUGUGGAAAGAACUUGACGAGCAAAAACUAAAAGAAAUGAAAUCAUUGAAAACGUUUUCUCAGAUAUUCAAAACAAUGAUCGCCUUUCUCAAAGAACAUUAUGCUCAGAAAGAGGUUAAGAAAGUAGGCAGCCCUUCACUUCAUGCCUAUUUGAAAAAAAUUGAUGAGCUCCUCGGACCGAUUGCAAAACAGGCCUUCAAUGGUCUGCUAGAAAAUACAUUGGUUUUUGGUGAAGAUGAUUUCCAAAUAUGCCCAGAAUCCAAGGACGCUGCCUGUCGUGUCGGGAUUUUGUCUCAGGAGGACAGAAUUACCUCUAGCAUGGACAUACAUGAGGGGAAUUCUUAUGUGCAAUUGCCAGUCUUCUUCCCUCACAAACUGUUCCAGGAGUACAUGGCUGGAGUCCAUCUUGUUUUCCUGUAUGAAUCAGAUUGUGAUGAAUUCAAAAGGCUGAUUGAUCAAGUAGUGCUGCCAAAGAAGGAGGAGUUUAGGUAUCUCCUGUACUUCACUGUGUCACAGAACAAAAGUAUUGCAACCUAUGUAAUGAACUCUAUGCUUCAAGGACUAAGGGCUUCACAGAAACAGCUAGAUUUCAUUGUUGAUGUAGCCUUUGAGAGUCAGGACCCAGAUGUUGCAGCCUUGGUGAAGGACAGGGUUUCAUCACUGAAUAUUGAGGUGGCCAUAUCCUCAUUCACGACAGCACACACUGUAGCUGGUUAUGCUUUCAUUGGACCACAUGUGGUUGAACUCCGUAGAGCGAGAGAUUGUGGACCUACCAUGUCACUUGAUGUGGCAGAGAUAAUAUCAUGCUCCAUGCAAUCCUUGAAGGACGCUUCUCUAUCAUGUGCAUUCCAUCAGUGUUUUUUUGAAACACUUGCAAAGAAAGAAAAAGAAUCAAAGGUGAGCAGUUCAUCCACAAUUGUGAUGCAUGUCGAGACUCUCAACCUGACUAAUCACCAGUGUCCCACACCAGCCUCGUCACAACACCUAUCAGAGGCACUGUGUUCUAUGCCAAAUUUGACUUACUUGAGAUUCGAUGGAGGAGAUUUACGUGAGGAGUUCUACUCUACAUUGAAAGCAAAGGCAUCAUCAAUAAAGGUCGAGACCCUCAAGCUUAAGGAUCACAAGUGUCCCACACCAGCCUCGUCACAUCACCUAUCAGAGGCACUGUGUUCUAUGCCACUCUUGACUGACUUGACACUCUAUGGAGGGGAUUUACGUGAGGAGUUCUACUCUACAUGGAAAGCAAAGACAUCAUCAAUAAAGGUCGAGACCCUCAAGCUUGAUGAUCACAAGUGUCCCACACCCGCCUCGUCACAUCACCUAUCAGAGGCACUAUGUUCUAUGCCACACUUGACUGACUUGACACUCGAUGGAGGGGAUUUACGUGAGGAGUUCUACUCUACAUGGAAAGCAAAGGCAUCAUCAAUAAAGGUCCAGACUCUCAAACUGACUAAUCACAAGUGUCCCACACCAGCCUCGUCACAUCACCUAUCAGAGGCACUGUGUUCUAUGCCACACUUGACUGACUUGACACUCUAUGGAGGGGAUUUACGUGAGGAGUUCUACUCUACAUGGAAAGCAAAGGCAUCAUCAAUAAAGGUCGAGACCCUCAAGCUUGAUGAUCACAAGUGUCCCACACCCGCCUCGUCACAUCACCUAUCAGAGGCACUGUGUUCUAUGCCACACUUGACUUACUUGAGACUCUAUGGAGGGAAUUUACGUGAGGAGUUCUACUCUACAUGGAAAGCAAAGGCAUCAUCAAUAAAGGUCGAGACUCUCAACCUGACUAAUCACCAGUGUCGCACACCAGCGUCGUCACAUCACCUAUCAGAGGCACUGUGUUCUAUGCCACACUUGACUGACUUGACACUCGAUGGAGGGGAUUUACGUGAGGAGUUCUACUCUACAUUGAAAGCAAAGGCAUCAUCAAUAAAGGUCGAGACCCUCAAGCUUGAUGAUCACAAGUGUCCCACACCCGCCUCGUCACAUCACCUAUCAGAGGCACUAUGUUCUAUGCCACACUUGACUUACUUGAGACUCUAUGGAGGGAAUUUACGUGAGGAGUUCUACUCUACAUGGAAAGCAAAGGCAUCAUCAAUAAAGGUCGAUACCCUCAAGCUUGAGGAUCACAAGUGUCCCACACCAGCCUCGUCACAUCACCUAUCAGAGGCACUGUGUUCUAUGCCACACUUGACUGACUUGACACUCUAUGGAGGGGAUUUACGUGAGGAGUUCUACUCUACAUGGAAAGCAAAGGCAUCAUCAAUAAAGGUCGAGACCCUCAAGCUUGAUGAUCACAAGUGUCCCACACCCGCCUCGUCACAUCACCUAUCAGAGGCACUAUGUUCUAUGCCACACUUGACUUACUUGAGACUCUAUGGAGGGAAUUUACGUGAGGAGUUCUACUCUACAUGGAAAGCAAAGGCAUCAUCAAUAAAGGUCCAGACUCUCGACCUGACUAAUCACCAGUGUUCCACACCAGCCUCGUCACAACACCUAUCAGAGGCACUAUGUUCUAUGCCACACUUGACUGACUUGACACUCGAUGGAGGGGAUUUACGUGAGGAGUUCUACUCUACAUUGAAAGCAAAGGCAUCAUCAAUAAAGGUCGAGACCCUCAAGCUUAAGGAUUACAAGUGUCCCACACCAGCCUCGUCACAACACCUAUCAGAGGCACUGUGUUCUAUGCCACACUUGACUGACUUGACACUCGAUGGAGGGGAUUUACGUGAGGAGUUCUACUCUACAUUGAAAGCAAAGGCAUCAUCAAUAAAGGUCGAGACCCUCAAGCUUGAUGAUCACAAGUGUCCCACACCCGCCUCGUCACAUCACCUAUCAGAGGCACUAUGUUCUAUGCCACACUUGACUGACUUGACACUCGAUGGAGGGGAUUUACGUGAGGAGUUCUACUCUACAUGGAAAGCAAAGGCAUCAUCAAUAAAGGUCCAGACUCUCGACCUGACUAAUCACAAGUGUCUCACACCAGCCUCGUCACAUCACCUAUCAGAGGCACUGUGUUCUAUGCCAAACUUGACUUACUUGAUACUCUAUGGAGGGGAUUUACGUGAGGAGUUCUACUCUACAUUGAAAGCAAACGCAUCAUCAAUAAAGGUCCAGACUCUCAACCUGACUAAUCACCAAUGUCGCACACCAGCGUCGUCACAUCACCUAUCAGAGGCACUGUGUUCUAUGCCACACUUGACCAACUUGACACUCGAUGGACGGGAUUUACGUGAGGAGUUCUACUCUACAUGGAAAGCAAACGCUUCAUCCAUCAAGGUCCAGACUCUCAACCUGACUAAUCACCAAUGUCGCACACCAGCGUCGUCACAUCACCUAUCAGAGGCACUGUGUUCUAUGCCACACUUGACCAACUUGACACUCGAUGGACGGGAUUUACGUGAGGAGUUCUACUCUACAUGGAAAGCAAACGCUUCAUCCAUCAAGGUCCAGACUCUCAAGCUGACUAAUCACCAAUGUCGCACACCAGCGUCGUCACAUCACCUAUCAGAGGCACUGUGUUCUAUGCCAAACCUGACUGACUUGAGACUUGAUGGAGGAGAUUUAUGUGAGGAGUUCUACUCUACAUUGAAAGCAAAGGCAUCAUCCAUAAAGGUCGAGACCCUCAAGCUUGAUGAUCACAAGUGUCCCACACCAGCCUCAUCACAUCACCUAUCAGAGACACUAUGUUCUAUGCCACACUUGACUUACUUGAGACUCUAUGGAGGGAAUUUACGUGAGGAGUUCUACUCUACAUGGAAAGCAAAGGCAUCAUCAAUAAAGGUCGAGACCCUCAAGCUUGAUGAUCACAAGUGUCCCACACCAGCCUCGUCACAACACCUAUCAGAGGCACUGUGUUCUAUGCCACACUUGACUGACUUGACACUCGAUGGAAGGGAUUUACGUGAGGAGUUCUACUCUACAUGGAAAGCAAAGGCAUCAUCAAUAAAGUGUAAUGUCCCACACCCCUCGUCACAUCACCUAUCUGAGGCACUGUGUUCUAUGCCACACUUGACUGACUUGACACUCGAUGGAGGGGAUUUACGUGAGGAGUUCUACUCUACAUGGAAAGCUAACGCAUCAUCCAUAAAGGUCCAGACUCUCAAGCUGACUAAUCACCAGUGUCCCACACCAGCCUCAUCACGUCACCUAUCAGAGGCACUGUAUUCUAUGCCACACUUGACUGACUUGACACUCGAUGAAGGGGAUUUACGUGAGGAGUUCUACUCUACAUGGAAAGCAAACGCAUCAUCCAUGAAGGUCCAGACUCUCAAGCUGACUAAUCACAAGUUUCGCACACCCUCGUCACAUCACCUAUUAGAGGCACUGUGUUCUAUGCCAAACUUGACUAACUUGAGACUCGAUGGAGGAGAUUUACGUGAGGAGUUUUACUCUACAUUGAAAGCAAAGGCAUCAUCCAUAAAGGUCCAGACUCUCAACCUGACUAAUCACCAGUGUCCCACACCCUCCUCGUCACAUCACCUAUCUGAGGCACUGUGUUCUAUGCCACACUUGACUGACUUGACACUCGAUGGAGGGGAUUUACGUGAGGAGUUCUACUCUACAUGGAAAGCUAACGCAUCAUCCAUAAAGGUCCAGACUCUCAAGCUGACUAAUCACCAAUGUCGCACACCAGCGUCGUCAUAUCACCUAUCAGAGGCACUGUAUUCUAUGCCACACUUGACUGACUUGACACUCGAUGGAGGGGAUUUACGUGAGGAGUUCUACUCUACAUGGAAAGCAAACGCAUCAUCCAUGAAGGUCCAGACUCUCAAGCUGACUAAUCACAAGUUUCGCACACCCUCGUCACAUCACCUAUUAGAGGCACUGUGUUCUAUGCCAAACUUGACUAACUUGAGACUCGAUGGAGGAGAUUUACGUGAGGAGUUUUACUCUACAUUGAAAGCAAAGGCAUCAUCCAUAAAGGUCCAGACUCUCAAGCUGACUAAUCACAAGUUUCGCACACCCUCGUCACAUCACCUAUUAGAGGCACUGUGUUCUAUGCCAAACUUGACUAACUUGAGACUCGAUGGAGGAGAUUUACGUGAGGAGUUUUACUCUACAUUGAAAGCAAAGGCAUCAUCCAUAAAGGUCCAGACUCUCAACCUGACUAAUCACCAGUGUCCCACACCCUCCUCGUCACAUCACCUAUCUGAGGCACUGUGUUCUAUGCCACACUUGACUGACUUGACACUCGAUGGAGGGGAUUUACGUGAGGAGUUCUACUCUACAUGGAAAGCUAACGCAUCAUCCAUAAAGGUCCAGACUCUCGACCUGACUAAUCACCAGUGUCGCACACCAGCCUCGUCAAAUCAACUUUCAGAGGCACUGUGUUCUAUGCCACACUUGACUGACUUGACACUCGAUGGAGGGGAUUUACGUGAGGAGUUCUACUCUACAUGGAAAGCAAACGCACCAUCCAUAAAGGUAUGUGUCCAGACUCUCAAGCUGACUAAUCACCAGUGUCGCACACCAGCCUCGUCACAUCACCUAUCAGAGGCACUGUGUUCUAUGCCACACUUGACUGACUUGACACUCGAUGGAGGGGAUUUACGUGAGGAGUUCUACUCUACAUGGAAAGCAAACGCACCAUCCAUAAAGGUCCAGAAUCUCCAGCUUCAACACAUCGAGUGUCCCACACCCGCCUCAUCACAUCACCUAGCAGAAGCACUGUGUUCUAUGCCAAACCUGACUGACCUGGCAAUCAGUGGACAGAAUCUCACUGAGGAUUUCUACUCUACAUUGAAAGCAAAGGCAUCAUCCAUACAGGAUUAUUUUCCUCAGAUCAGGAAGGGAAACUUCAGGUUCAAUGGAGUUGCUCACGAUGAAUUGGACUCAUUUUUUCACGCCCUUACAUGUUUGCAAAGCUUAAAUGACUCAGAUGGCUGGGACAGCUCAAGUGACUCAAAUGAUUCGGGCAACUCAAAUGACUCAGAUGACUCGGGCAACUCAAAUGACUCAGAUGACUCGGGCAACUCAAAUGACUCAGACAACUCGGCUGAUUUGGGCAACUCAAUUGACUCAGAUGACUUGGUUGACUUGGGCAACCCAAACGUUACUCAGUUUCCCAGCAUUCCUUACAUUCCUUAUCAGCCUACAUUUACGUCACCUGACCAACCAUUAGAAAGCAGUUACCAUGGCAACACAUACAACACAAUAAAUGUCUCUUUAGAGCAAUCAAGAGCAAUGUACCAAGAAACCAUGGCAAGCACUAGUCGUGUGAACCCGGUACAUGCCAACAUCCAUCUUACCCCAGACACCCUACCACGGGGGUUACGUGCUAAUAUUCCUGUCUUGCAAGAGUCUCAGGACAAUGUAAUUGUGAGGCAACCUUUACAACAGCCAUGUACAUUGAGGACUCAGUCUGGUAUUUGGCCAGUCUAUUUGGAGAAUAAUGCACUACCGUGGAAUUCUGGGCCUAGUCAGCCCCAAUUUAUGCCUUCCAAUCUCCAAUCAGGCAUGUCUGUUGGGUACCACACCCCUGCUUCAAAUCAGCCAUUCAGUGGUUAUAAUUGCAGUCCUGAGUAUAGAGAGGCUUACUUCAAUCCUACCUACCAUGCCGUUAUGUCAAGUUCUGCUCCAUCUCCUAACCCUCCAGUCUCAAGACAUGAUCAACCUACCAUGUCCGCAGGGUAUCUUUCACCAACACUGGUUCUUGAGAGCACAGGUGCUACACGUACCAUGCCUUGGUCAAGUCAGGAUCACUACACUCAAUCCUACAAUGCCUCUACACCCAGCUCUGCUCCGUUGUGUAACCCUCCAGUCUCUGGAUAUCAUCAGCCUACCAUGUCGAGACGGUACAUUUCAGAUACACCAUAUCAACCAAUGACUGUAGAGCAGGCAGGAUCUAGCAGACCACAGUCUAGUCAGGAUCACUCCACUACAGGAUUCCAUUCAGCUACCCAGGAUUGUCCAAUUGUAAUUUUGCCUAUGUCUUCACCAUUUUUCGGAGAACUACACUUCUGUAAAAGAAGGACAUCUUACACCAUGGAUGGAUUCUGCCUUCUCUAUCUGCUCCUGAUCCUCUUGAUGAGAUGUGGUGACGUCGAAACCAAUCCAGGUCCUAACACUGCAGAAAGUACUGUCACUGAAAUGGAGUUCCUGAAGCUGGCCCGGGAUAUCCCUUCAUCUUACUACGAGGAUGUAGGGAUAUCUCUAGGGAUCCCCUAUGCUCAGCUACAGACAAUCCUAAGUGAAAAGUUGAAGAACUUCAAAAGUGCUUUAAUGGAUGUCUUUAUGAAAUGGAAUGUCAGGCAGCAACCUACAUACUCAAACAAACGACAGCUUUUGGCAGACAAAUUCCGAGAGAUGGGCUUGGGUGGCCUAUCAGACAGAUUACUCAAUGAACCUCCAAUUUCAAACAGCACAGAAGGGCCAUCAAGACUGCUCGAAUCACAGACCAAACCUACAGCUGAAUCUCAGACUAAACCACUUUCUCCUGAACUGGUUGAGCGGUGUGCAAAUGAAUUCAAGUUCAAGUACAGGUCAACUCUCUGUAAGAUCAGAGCUGAUCCUCUCAAUCCUGCUUCCGCUGUGCAGUUUGACGACAUGUAUACUAAUCUGUUCUUACAAGAAGAACAUGGGACAGCGAAGCGAAUGCUAGAUUACAAUGAUAUCCUUGAUCUCAAAGUCAAUGGAGAGUUCCCCAAGCGGAUCAUGGUUCAGGGAGAGGCAGGGGCUGGAAAAACUACAUUUUGUGCUAAGAUUGCCUGGGACUGGAUUGAAGGGAGGCAAUUCAGUCACUUUGUGUGGGUAUUGAUUGUUCCUCUACGUGAAUUUAAGCAACACACUAUUGGCGAGAUUGCAAAGUGUUAUCUGACCAAAAACAAUCCAGCAACGGUUUCACAGAUUACUGAGUAUAUCCGGUCAAAUCCUGACAAGGUAUUCAUCGCAUUCGAUGGGCUAGACGAAGUCAGUGGUAACAUCUCAGAGCCAAGUUUCACCUCAUCAGAGGCAUGUGGAAGCUCAUCUGAGACUGGUGAUAUUGGACUUGGAGAUAUUAUUCGUUCAGAUCAACUUGCCUCUUGCCCAGUCUUGAUGACCACUCGCCCAUGGAGAGCAGUAGAGAUUAGAUCAGAUGGUGAUCUAAUGAAAUUCUACACAUUCAUUCAUGUUGAGGGUUUCAGCAGAGAGAAUUUGUCAGUUUACAUUCACAAAUACUUUCCAGAGAAUGAUGAUAAAGCAAAUCAGCUUAUCCAGCUCACCAGUGAGAAUAAUGUCAUAUCUGAAAGCAUGGCCCACUAUCCUAUAUAUGUAGCCAUGUUGUAUCGUAAUGAAUUCAACAGGCUGAUUGAGGAAGUAGUGCUGUCAAGGAAAAAGGAGUUUAGGUUUCUCUUGUACUUCACUGUGUCACAGAACAAAAGUAUUGCAACCCAUGUAAUGAAGUCUAUGCUACAGGAUGAAUACAUGCACAGAGGGGCUUCAAAGAGACAGAUAGAUUUCAUUGUUGAUGUAGCCUUUGAGAGUCAGGACCCAGAUGUAGCAGCCUUGGUGAAGGACGGGGUUUCAGAGAAGCUGGUCAUAUACUGGUUCAUGAAAGCACACACUGUAGCUGGUUAUGCAUUCAUUGAACCACAUGUGUUCUAA